AUGGCUGCUCCUCGUAGGUUUGCACAAUUAUCAGUAAAUUCUCCUCUUAAAAAAGAAAUUGAAAGUAAACCAAAAAAAGAUGAUGAAAAAAAGCCAACCCAAUUGUCGUUGGAUAUGUUUGAUGUUGGAAAACCACUUGGUCAAGGAAAAUUUGGAAAUGUUUAUCUUGUAAAAUACAAAAAAUAUGACUAUGUUUGUGCAUUAAAAGUUAUAUUUAAAAGACAAUUACAAAAGUGUGGGAUGGGAAUUCAAAUGAAAAGAGAGAUUGAAUUACAAUCUCAUCUUAAUCAUCCUAAUAUUCUCAAAUUAUUCGGAUUUUUUGAAGAUAAAAACAGGUGGUUCCUUGUUCUUGAAUAUUGUAAGAAAGGUGAAUUAUAUGGGUUAUUACAACAAGCUGGUCGUUUUGAUGAAAGAAGAGCUGCUCGAUACAUAAAAGCAACAACUGAAGCUUUAAAGUAUUGUCAAGAGAUGAAUUGUAUUCAUCGUGAUUUAAAACCAGAAAACAUCAUGAUAGAUCACAAUGAUCAAGUCAAAUUAGCUGACUUUGGAUGGUCUGUUCAUACUAAUACUAAAAGAAAUACUUAUUGUGGUACAUUAGAUUAUUUAUGUCCUGAAAUUGUAUUAGAAAAAUAUUAUGAUGGAUCGAUUGACCAAUGGUGUUUAGGAGUUUUAACAUUUGAACUAUGUACUGGUGAACCUCCAUUUCAAUCUAACAGUCGUGAAGAGGUUAUGAAAAAGGUCAGAAAUGUUAAAUAUUCUUUUCCAAGCUAUCUCACAAAUGAUUGCAAAGAUUUUAUUAACAAACUAAUUCAAUAUGAUCCUUCUAAAAGAAUGAUAAUGGAAAAACAAUGGGAAAAUUAUCAAAUUUUACAUUCUAAAGAUGUAAUACUUGAAGACUCACAUGAUUGGACAUUAAAUACAUUAUUACGUGGAUUGGAUAUUUCAUUUUCAACAAAUCAUCCAAAUCUUGCAAUUGGUUGUUUAGUUGUUUGUGAAUAUCCUUCUGGAAAAGAGUUAUUAACAUUAACAUGUCGUAAAAUAAUUACAAUUCCUUAUAUUUCAGGAUUUCUUGGAUUUAGAGAAGUAGAAGUUUAUCAUGAACUACUCAACGAUUGUAAAGAAAAGUACCCUGAGUUAUAUCCACAAGUUGUGCUUGUUGAUGGAAAUGGAUAUUAUCAUCCUCGAAGAUUUGGUUCUGCAACUCAUGUUGGAGUUUAUUGUGAUAUACCAUCAAUUGGUGUUGCAAAGACUGUAUUAUGUGUUGAUGGGAUAGGAAAGAAGGAGAUUAAUAUAAUUACUUCACAAAUCAAACCAGGUGAAUCAACUACAGUUAGUACUUCAAAUGGAGAAGUGUUGUGUGAGGUUAUAAGAAGUAGAGGUGGUAGUAUAAAUCCAAUCAUUGUUAGUUGUGGGAAUAAAGUUUCACUUUCAACAGCAGUAAUUAUCUGUAAAGAAUGUUGUUUACAUAAAAUCCCAGAGCCUAUUCGACUAGCUGAUUUAAUUUCAAGAAAGUUGUUAAGAGAUGAAGGAUUACUCUCACACAUGAAUUAG